AUGUCCAAAUUUUACGAAUUAGCCCCUACUGAUAACAAAGGAAACAAAUAUCCAUUCUCUGAAUUGAAAGGUAAAGUCGUACUAGUUGUUAAUGUGGCCUCUAAAUGUGGGUUUACUCCCCAGUACAAAGGUUUAGAGUCACUAUAUCAAAAAUAUAAAGAUCAAGGCUUAGUUAUCUUGGGUUUUCCAUGUAACCAAUUUGGUAACCAAGAACCAGGUUCUUCUGAUGAAAUUUCCAGUUUUUGCUCUCUAAAUUAUGGUGUCACCUUUCCUAUCAUGAAAAAAAUUGAGGUUAAUGGUGAUCAAACUGACCCAGUUUAUCAAUAUUUAAAAAAUGAAAAGAAAGGGUUAUUAGGUCUAAGUAGAAUUAAAUGGAAUUUUGAAAAAUUUUUGAUUGACAAAAAGGGUAAUGUUUUUGAAAGAUAUGGUUCUAUUACUAAACCAGAAUCUAUAGAAAAUGAUAUUGAAAAAUUGCUAAAACAAUGA